CACACCGUCAGCGAUAAUGUCUUCAAGUUGAGUUGGAUUAAACACAUGUUUAUUCAAUUUAAAUGUGUCAUUUGGCUCACCUUUCGUUAUUUCUUAUCUUACCGUUGAUGUCUCCCGCUGAUGGAGGAGCACCGCGACAUCACACCGAGCACGUUCUGCCCCCGCCAUACCUCCACCUGCCCGUGUUCGUGGACUCGAGUGUGCCGCUGGUGGAGAGGGAGCGCUUCUCUCCGGCCAGAGGCUCCGGACAGGAACCUCUACCUGCGGCCGUGCGGGAGAUCCUGAUCCCGACGGAGCGGCCCAGCAGUCCGCUCUUCGUGCGCGGUCCGAAUCCCGUGAGGACUCGGUGCAAGAUGAACAAGAUGCACGUGCAGGUCGACCGAAGCUUGUUCGGUACCGAUGAACCACGACCGCAGCUCCGGCUGGGCUCGUGUGAAGCCAGUAACCACACGAAGGAUUUCCUUCACUUUGAAUAUGAAUUUGGCACGUGUGGAGCCACGCGCACGAUAAUUGAUAAUCAAGUGGCCUACUCUAACACGCUACGGUAUGAUCCACCGAAAAUCCAAGGACCAAUCAGAAGAGCUGUGCCCUUCUUCCUGUCUGUCGCAUGUUAUUAUAACAGGUACCAGUACUCGUAUAAAAUUGGCUACAAACCAAAGAUGCAGAUGCAUAAGAUCUUCAAAUCAAUGAAGAACAGGGCGAAAUUCACUCUCACCCCACGAAAUGUUAAAUGGGAAAGACUCUUUCCGUCGGAUCAGUUCGUGCUGGGAAAGCCCAUGUACUUUGAGGCCGAGGCGGUCUCCAUUUCUCCAGACAAAAGACUGUAUGUCCACUCGUGUCAUGUGACUCCUGAUAAUUCCCACACCUCCAAGCUUCAGUUUCCUGUGGUGAAGAAUUUUGGGUGUAUGACUGAAAGCAAGGAAGGUCACUCUAGAUUCAUCCCCUACAAAAACAACAUAGUCCGAUUCACUGUGGAUGCCUUCUUGUUUAAGGGAAUGACAGACCAGCAUCUCUACAUGCACUGCAACAUAUCUGUGGGCACGUCGGUGCCCUCGCCAACAACAAAGUCCUGCAACUACGACCCAAAAGCAGGAAGGUGGGUGGAGCUUUAUGGACCCCCCUCAGUCUGUAGCUGCUGUGACUCCAAUUGCAGCUCUGUGGCUUCUACAGCAAAGACCAAAACAAUCACCAGCAAAUUGUGGACAAUAAAGCCUGAAGUGAGAGCCUCCACAAUCCCAAAAAGGACGAUGGUUUCCACCUCCUCCACCUCCUCCACCUCCUCCACCUCCUCCACCACCACCACCACCACCACGACCUCAGCAGCAACAACAACCACAGCUGCACCCCGACCAGGGACAGAGGGAGGGGUGACUGCAGGGGGCACACAGCUGCAGGCUGGAGUGAAAGCAGAGAGCACAGUGAAGGACAUGGACUGGCCCUUCACAGGUGGAGGGGUGACGUGGGUCGGGUUGGAGUGGGAUCAGAAGCUGGAGCAGGGCUCUGCAGUUGUGGACGAGGAGACGGUCACAGAACCACACAGAAUAUUCGAGGAAACCUUUGAUUUUGACAAAUAAAAGUGACAUGAACAGUAA